GAUGCUGUAAGCCAGUGGGCCGCGCAACCGCCCUGCUGGCAUAGACCCCCCCAACCCAACUUCCUCACAUCCUCUCUCUGCUGCCGCAGGAGCUCCUCUGUUACAAAUACACCAGCGCCGCAGGGAAUCCGCCCGGCGAAUUCCGUCUCCUUUGGACGCGGCGCUUCCCCAGCCCGCUGCUUUCCAUGCUCUACACCGACCUGACCGCCGACGGGCUCUGCGAGUCGGCCGUCGUCUGCCUGAAGGGGCUCCGCAUCCUGCAGCACAGCCUGGAACCGAUGGCCUGGCGCAUCCUGGAGCAGCUUUGGGUGGAAGCGGAGUGCCGAGCCUGGUGCGGGGUGGUGGUUGAGUGACCUAGCUGCAAAAGAGGAUGCUGAAGACGACGCUGGUAUCCCCCGGCCUUGACGGUGGCGAGACUGCUGCCAGCUUGGAUGUACCCCAACCUGUCGCACCCCCCCCCCUCCCUGCCAAUAAAUGUGUGCCCGGCAUCCUGCCACCAGCCCUGGCUUCUCUGGUGAACGCCAGCGGGGGCCGGGAAAGCUCCUCUGGCAUUGGGGGGGGGGAUGGGACAUGGCUGGUGGCCAAACCACUGGGUGGGGACGGCAGAGGGGGACCCCAGACCCGUCACCAAACACCUUGUUUUUUGGGGUCAGACCCUUGGCACGCCUCCGGCACCCACUGCCCAUCAUUGGUGGCGUGCUGGCAGCUUCCAACCUCUGUGCCGGCAGCCUCCAUGCCAGUCGCCUCCCCUCCUCGCUGCGGCGCGAUCGCAUCUGGUUCCUGCGCUAAUUGUGCCAGAGCUGGGGAAGGGCCGAACGCGGGGAGGUGCCGGCGCGGAGCCGUUGCCGGAGAAGCCGGAAUCCGGCUUUGGGCGAUGCCGAAGAGCCCCCCCCCUGCGUCUGGAGAAUCGGGGGUGACUCAUCCCAGCAGGUGGAAGCCGGUGGGAUGGCGGCGUGGCAGGCGGUGCUGGUGGCCGCGGUGCUGCUGGCCGAGCCCUGCGCCCCCGAGCCGGCGGCCGAGGCCAACGGGACGUGCCAGGGCUCCAACCGCUGCCAGCCCGGCGUCCUGCUGCCCGUCUGGCAACCCGACAACCCCUCCUUCGGCGACAAGGCGGCCCGCGCCAUCGUCUACUUCGUGGCCAUGAUGUACAUGUUCCUGGGCGUCUCCAUCAUCGCCGACCGCUUCAUGGCCUCCAUCGAGGUCAUCACCUCCAAGGAGAAGGAGAUCACCAUCACCAAGGCCAACGGGGAGACCAGCAUCGGCACCGUCCGCAUCUGGAACGAGACGGUCUCCAACCUCACCCUGAUGGCGCUGGGCUCCUCGGCCCCCGAGAUCCUCCUCUCCGUCAUCGAGGUCUGCGGCCACAACUUCCAAGCGGGUGAGCUGGGACCCGGCACCAUCGUGGGCAGCGCAGCCUUCAACAUGUUCGUGGUCAUCGCCGUCUGCGUCUACGUCAUCCCCAGCGGCGAGAGCCGCAAGAUCAAGCACUUGAGGGUCUUCUUCGUCACGGCCUCCUGGAGCAUCUUCGCCUACAUCUGGCUCUACCUGAUCCUGGCCGUCAUCUCCCCCGGGGUGGUGCAGGUCUGGGAAGCCCUCCUCACCCUCAUCUUCUUCCCCGUCUGCGUGGUCUUCGCCUGGGCCGCCGACAAACGGCUCCUCUUCUACAAGUACGUCUACAAGCGCUACCGCGCCGACCCCCGCAGCGGCAUCAUCAUUGGCACGGAGGGUGAGCUCCCCAAGGGCAUCGAGAUGGACGGCGGCUUCCCGGUCCCUGAGCGCCGCGAGGCCGAAGGCACCGGCGUCACCGCAUCGCCUGCCCUGCCCGCCCCCACGCCGGAGGAGAAGGAGCUGGACGAGAGCCGCCGGGAAGUCAUCCAGAUCUUGAAGGACCUCAAGCAGAAGCACCCCGAGAAGGAGUUGGAGCAGCUGGUGGAGAUGGCCAACUACUAUGCCCUGCUCCACCAGCAGAAGAGCCGAGCUUUCUACCGCAUCCAGGCCACCCGUAUGAUGACCGGUGCCGGCAACAUCCUCAAGAAACACGUGGCCGAGUUCUCCAAGAGGUCCUCCACCCUCCUGGAGGUGCCCUCGGACGCCGAAGAGGAGACCUGCAGCCGUAUCUUCUUCGAGCCGUGCCUGUACCACUGCCUGGAGAACUGCGGCUCGGUGACGCUCUCGGUGGCUUGCCAACACGGCGCCGAAGCCAACCACACCUUCUACGUGGACUACAAGACAGAGGACGGCUCGGCAAAGGCGGGCUCCGACUACGAGUACAGUGAGGGGACGCUGAUCUUCAAGCCGGGGGAGACCCAGAAGGAGCUGAAGAUCGGCAUCAUCGACGACGACAUCUUCGAGGAGGACGAGCACUUCUUCGUCCGCCUCCUCAACCUCCGGGUGGGCGAUGCCGAGGGGAUGUUCGAGACCGACUCGGCCGAGCACCCCAAGGGUCGGUUGGUGGCUCCUUUGGUGGCCACCGUCACCAUCUUGGACGACGACCACGCCGGCAUCUUCACCUUCCAGGAUCGGUUGCUGCACGUCAGCGAGUGCCAGGGGACGGUGGAGGUGAAGGUGGUCCGCAGCUCGGGCGCCCGCGGCACCGUCCUCCUGCCCUACCGCACGGUGGAGGGCACGGCCCGCGGCGGCGGCGUCCAUUACGAGGACGCCUGCGGGGAGCUGGAGUUCAAGAACGACGAGACCGCGAAGACGCUGCAGGUGAAGAUCGUGGACGACGAAGAGUACGAGAAGAAGGACAACUUCUUCAUCGAGCUGGGGCAGCCGCGCUGGCUCAAACGGGGCAUCUCGGCCCUCCUGCUCACCCAAGCAGACGGUGAUCGGAAGCUCUCCGCCGAGGAAGAGGAGGCUCGGCGCAUCGCCGAGAUGGGCAAACCCGUCCUGGGGGAGAACUGCAAGCUGGAGGUCAUCAUCGAGGAGUCCUACGACUUCAAGAACACGGUGGACAAGCUGAUCAAGAAGACCAACCUG